CUUGGAGUACCAUGUCCUUGAAGGGAAAGACCAAAAGAUCGACUGGUGGUGGUUGGCGGCGGAAUUCCAUUCCCAAUGUCAAGAGCAAUCCAUGGUCUCCUCCGGCGACGGGACGGGAUCAAUCACCAUCUUCAUCGGUUGAGUUCCCCAUCUUCAGUAUGCAGUCCAGCUCCACAGGAUCUAUUCUCGAUCCCUUUUUCUUCUUCAUGUUUGCCCUAUCCUUCACGCGCCGACCGUUUGUUCCUUCGUACGCAAUCGAAGUUUCUCUCCUCUCAUUCAUUUGCUGCGAAGCCCACCUCCUCAAUUGGGACAUUGUCCCGAUUUUUAUAUUCUUCGGAGCAAAAUCCUCUUUCUUCUGUGAUUCGCGCUUCGCGGAAAUACUACGCUUCUUCUAGCCGUACUCCCCAGACAUUCUCUUCCAGGAGGUCUGUAAUUCCUAAAGAGGGCGACAACUGUGCUGGGUUUCGCUCCUUCUCCUUUAAAUCUUCUUAUUUGGGUAAAGUCAAUGGAGGUUUCGCAAAAAAGGUCAUUGAUAAGCCAGUGACUGCAGUGCGUUCUGCUUUCUCCCGAUACAGUGAGGCCAUCGGUUUGCAAGUUGAGGCAUUCUUUAAGAGGAAUUACCUGUUUCUACUCGGGGCAGCUGGCGUUAUGGUUUGUGCGCUGCUCUGGAGGAUCAUGUUUGGGAUUGCAAACGCCUUCAUUGGGCUGUCGGAAGGCAUGGCUAAGUAUGGGUUUCUUGCCCUUUCAUCUGCUAUCGUUGCUUUUGCUGGCUUGUACAUUCGCUCAAGAUUCACAAUCAACCCUGAUAAAGUAUAUAGAAUGGCCAUGACAAGACUUAACACUUCUGCUGGGAUUCUUGAAGUUAUGGGUCCCCCCCUUUCAGGAACUGAUUUAAGAGCCUAUGUGAUGUCAGGAGGUGGGCUGACAAUAAAGAAGUUCAAGCCAAGUAUUAGGAGCAAGCGAUGUUUUCUCAUUUUUCCCAUAAGAGGUUCUGAGAGGAAGGGUCUAGUAAGUGUUGAAGUCAAGAAAAAGAAGGGCCAGUAUGAUAUGAAGUUAUUGGCUGUCGAUGUUCCCAUGGCUUCAGGCCCAGACCAGCGGUUGUUUUUGAUCGGGGAUGAAGAAGAAUACAAAGUUGGCGGGGGACUGAUAUCACAGCUUAGAGAUCCUGUAGUGAAAGCAAUGGCGGCAACCAAAGAAUUUGAUGAUCUUGACCUGAUUGAAGAAGAGGAAGAUGCUGAAAGAGAACGUCAGGAGGCUGAAAGAAAGCAACGUGAAGAAAUUGAAAAGCUGGAAAGCAGUGGCCCUCAGCAAUAGUUCCUAAUUUCUGGUUUUAAUUUAUUGAUUUGUUAUCUAAGUUUGUUUGAAGGAUGCUGAGGCUUCAGUUGUCUGAGCUGCAUUAUUGUGGUUUAUAACACAUUUUUUUUGUUGAGUUUCAAGCUAGGUAAGUUCACAACAUCCUGUACCGCAAAUUGCCAAUUUUAUCCGAACCAAAGUUGAGAAAAUAAAGCAUACAGGUACUGAGGUGCACAAUAAAGGUUUUGACGUUUGAC